AUGCUGGUAGAACUAAAAAAUGGCGAAACUUUUAAUGGACAUUUGGUUAAUUGUGAUAACUGGAUGAACUUGACGCUGCGUGAAGUGAUACAGACAUCACCGGAAGGUGAUCGAUUUUGGCGUUUACCAGAGUGUUAUAUUCGAGGAAAUACGAUAAAGUAUCUUCGUGUUCCCGAUGAGAUUAUUGAAAUGGUCAAAGAAGAUGCUAUAAGACAACGACAAACUACUGGUGGUACUGGUCGUGGACGCGGUGGACAACGAGGUGGCGGCGGUGGACGAGGAGGAGGCAGAGGAAAUGCAAAUCGUGGAGGAGGUGGUGGUGGUCGAGGAGGACCACGCGGAGAUCGAUCACGCCGUGGAGGUUAA